UCCUUGUAUUUCAUGUACUCGGCUUUUCCUCCAAUUCUGAACUUGUAUCAAGGCACCUCACCACUUGUCAAAUGUCCUGGCCCAUGGAUAUAUUUGUGGUGGGUACCUUUUGUUUGUUCGUUCUUCAAUAGCUGCAGUCAUGUGUGCACUUACCCAGGCCUUGUUCUGUUUGUGUCAAAUACUCUUUCUGGUCUACCUGGUAUUCACUUUGAAAUGUUUGAUAAAUAGCUUUUUAAAGGAAGUGGAGAAAAACACUCAGAACUUUCUGCAAGUCCUGCCAGCACGCAUUACCAGUGUGGUGAAUAGAACAGAGCUUUCGAGCACUGCAGCUGAAAUACCAGCUUUGGAAAGCAAUAGACCUACUGGCCACGGAGCUGUCACUUCCUGUGAGAUAUGAAGCCUAGUUUCUAGUACUGGCUCCAGCGAGCACGUUUUUUGAACAGUCAGUUUCUGGAUGAAGCACAUAAGCAGGAAUGCCAGCUCGACUCCCUCAUUUCCAAUCAGAACUGUCCUGGGAACCUCAGAGCUGGUGCAACCUGUCUCCCACGCUGCCCCUUCAGCUGACCAUUACGAACUUGGAGAUUUCCAGGCUCUCUACACAACUCACCGCACCAGAUGCUGAACUAAAGAGUGAAGGAAGGAAAGCCAGACAAGCAUAGAAAUUAUCCGUAAUUGUCAGCUUCAGAAGAUACAAGAACCAAUCCAAUACAACUCAAGCACCUGUGACUCCAGACAGCUGUCACAAGGAGAGACCUAAUAGGUACAAGGAAGUGAGACUGGCUCCUUGCUUCCUAAUACAUACCUGAUGUUCUGGAUAUUGAAGUAAUGUAUGGUACUGCUAUGGAAGUUAUCUUUGUGCAUACAGCACCUGAGGGGGCACGAGGGAGUUAAUGUAUUACUGACAUAUUUUUAGAUAAAUCUGACCAUUUGUAAAGCUCAUUUUCCUCCUUUGCACACUGUUUGAACUAAUUCCAUCUAACACAGCCUACUUGUUUUGGAUCCUGUCUUUUCUCUGAUCUUCCUAGCAGGGCUCUCACACCAAUGGCCCCUCAGGUGGAAGACAUCCAGUAAGUCUUGAAGCUAGAAAUGAUGAGAUGCAGGCGAACAAAAGUGAAGAGUGAAUUCACACUUUAGAGAACAGUGACGACCAUCUUGCCAUGAAACCAUUCACAGAUGAAGAAGUAGAAAUCUACAUCCAGAGCAAGGUGGAGCCACGCCAUUAUCUGGUCUCCAAAACGGUGGAGGAGGUGCAGAAAAUCAUCCAGCAACUGACCACAGAAAUCAGCUAUAAGGCCACACGAUUCCAGGCUAUCUCCAACUCUGGCAUUCACAAUGAGAAUAUUAAGGAUCAGCCAGGCUUACUGGCCAAGUGGUCAGCUCUGCUGCGGGGAAAGCGCCCGUUCCACCCAUCCAUCCAGGUCUUAGCACCGAGCCAAUUCCUCAUCACUGUCCCUCUACGUGGCCUAACUGGGUACAGGGAAAAACAGGUCCGACACUGGCGUUAUUACACUGUGCACGGAGCCAAGCUACUCUCCUCUGUGCGGGACCCUGAGGAGCUGCAUCAAUGGCUCGAGGUGGAACAGUUCUCAAAAAGCCUUCAGCAGUGGCAUGAAACAGAUGUGAACAUUGAAGGUGACCUGGUUCCAGCCAAAGUUCUUAUCGUCUUCCGAGAGCUGGUGGAAAAGUCAAUUGUUUCCUGUAACCUCUCCAGUAAAGUGACAAUGUUGGAGAGCUUCAGCUCAGUGGUUCGAGUGGCUGUGGAAACAUCAGAAUUCCAGGUUGAGGUGGAGCUGGCUCCUACAGUGGAGAUUCCAACUUGCUGGCCUGAGAAAGCCCGGUGGCCUCGUUGCCUCAAGCGUUGGCCAUCUCAGGAAAAAGUGCAGUGCAUCAAGUCGCUUGGUUUUGACCUUUUGGCCCGCUCCAAUUAUCACUGGCAGCUGUGCUUCUCCCGUGCUGAGCAUAUACUCAUGGAAGGCCUCGACGAAGAUGGUGGUUGUCGCAUGAAAUGCUUCAGAGUCAUGAGGCAGAUGAAGGAGGACGUCUGGUGUGCUGGAAAUAAGCCCGUCAUCACAGCUUAUCAUCUUCAGAUCCUUUCCUUGCACAAGACAGAAGACAGCUGAUUUUUAAAGCAAAGUGGCCUGAAACUUGAAGAUUGUCUGACUGACAGAGAGAGAACAAAAGAUUUUCUUUGUGGCAAAGACAUUCCUGCAAGAGAUUGAAUGAGCUUAGCCUCAAGUUUCCUCUUUUGCAGAUCCCUGGCUCUCAGCCUGCUGACUUCACAUCCAAGCUUCUGGAAACGACAUGGGCAGACAGUGCUGGGUGAGGGGUCCUCAGAUGGGUGUAGCAGGGACAGACAGCACAUGGGACAAGGAGACAAGUGGGGCCCUCUACUUGGGACAUGUUCCCCUCUGCCCAUGCCCUCAGAAGGGUGCAGCUGAGUUGGGACAGGACAAAAGAGGCUAGAGCCAUUCUCGUUUUCCUGACAGAUCAGUUCUGCAUGCUUGCAAAUCCUGCAGCAGAUCAGCCAAAAGUCCUUCCCAGGUCCCUGUGCUCUCAGUGGCUGGCACAGGGGAUAAGACUGCUGUGCCACAUUACAAUUGCAGCUCAGCUCUCCAUGCCAACCUAGACCACAGAGGGGGUGCAUACCGGAGAUCAUGCUAGUGCCUGUUUCAGAUAGGGAAUUGUUGUCCUAAGGAAAUGACCUCUGGUUUUCCAAUAUCUUUAUUGUCAAUGAAACAAAAAUAACCCGGCCGCUCUCAAGGCAGAACUAAAUUUUGCUGUAAUUGCUUCACAGCUCCAAAUACGCUGUGGCAUCUUCCACAUGCCUGCUUGGCAUGAUGCAGCCUCAGCCUCUGCCACCACUGCUCCCACACAGGUGGGGACGGCAAGGGAAGCAGGGCUCCU